ACCUAAGAGCCUAGAAGUUCCAGUAUUAGGACUCCACCCGGUGUGAAGGGAAGGGGCUUCGGGGGAUUGCGCUACUUUGAAGACUCGGUCUUUGAGUUUCGCAGAAUCAAGUGCGCUCACCAGGGGCGAGCCGCAGCCGCACAGCCCCCUCACCCUUAUCCUACUGCCAGGCCAGCCCUGCAUCCCUAACCUGUUCUCUUGAGUCUUCCUAGGCUUUGGAGCCGCCUCUGCACCCGCUCCCCCUCCUUAACUUUCUAAAUAGCUUCAGGGAAGAGGCGGGGUGGGAGGUGCGGUUAAAAGUCUGGAAACAGGUGUCUAAAACUUAAAAAGCUCAGAGGCGCCUCUCCACUUCCCAACUCGGUGAGUCAGAGAGAAGCACACACGCCACCCGGCCGGACAGCGGGGGGAGCGAGAGAGCGAGGCAGCUCAAAGAGGUGGCAGUGGCCGGUGUCUUCACGAACCACCGACACCUGACCAGCAGAGUUGGGGGCUGAGCCCGCCGCUGGCCCCCCAGCGCAACCUUUUCCGCCCCGCCACACUGAACUGUCCUUCGAUUACCAGCAGCGCGGUGCUGCCGACACAGUGCGAAGCCCAAAGAAGAGAAGAUGGACUGGAGUACUCUACAGACUAUUUUGGGGGGUGUCAACAAACACUCCACCAGCAUAGGCAAAAUCUGGCUCACUGUCCUCUUCAUUUUCCGCAUUAUGAUCCUGGUCGUGGCUGCUAAGGAGGUGUGGGGAGACGAGCAGGCUGAUUUUGUCUGCAACACUCUCCAGCCCGGAUGUAAAAAUGUGUGCUACGACCACUUUUUCCCCAUCUCGCACAUCCGCCUCUGGGCUCUGCAGCUGAUCUUUGUGUCGACCCCCGCGCUCUUGGUGGCCAUGCACAUUGCUUACCGGAGGCACGAGAAAAAGAGAAAGUUCAUCAAGGGAGAGAUAAAGUCUGAAUACAAAGACAUAGAAGAAAUCAAGAAACAAAAGGUUCGCAUUGAAGGAGCCUUGUGGUGGACCUACACAAGCAGCAUUUUCUUCCGAGUCGUCUUUGAAGCGGUCUUCAUGUACGUGUUCUAUUUUAUGUACAACGGAUUCUCCAUGACUCGAAUGGUGAAAUGUAAUGCUUGGCCCUGUCCCAAUACUGUGGACUGCUUUAUUUCCCGACCCACUGAAAAGACAGUGUUCACUGUGUUCAUGAUUUCGGUGUCUGGAAUUUGCAUACUGCUAAAUGUCAUUGAAUUGUCUUAUCUGCUGAUAAGAUAUUGUUCUGGGAAGUCCAAGAAGCCAGUUUAAAUAAUUGCCCAAAGGCCGGAUGAAAGGUAGAUGAGACAGAAUGGAUGUGGCAACUUCGACUAGCUGUCAGGACACAGUCACCAAUAUUUCCCAAAGUAAAGAAUAGAAACCUUUUUUUUUUUUAAUGUCAUUAAUUGAAACCCCUGUAGUCCUCACCUGACACUCCCGAUAACAGUGCCAGUAUCUCCAGGUGGAGAUUUACUUUCUUAAGUCCUCCUAGAAAGGUCUGAUUCUAUCCAUUUUUAGCUUUUUGUUCUUUAAAACAAAAGUUAGCUGCAAUGACACUCUGUACUGGGAGCAUUUGUUCCAAGACGCUUUUCUUUUUAAAAAGUGGAAAUGUACUCUUGUUUCUCUAACUGCAAUGGUGGGAGGGGCAGGAACACUAGAGCCUGGAAGGUCUAUGGGUGAGUUCAAUCUAUUCCUUUCUCCUGGUAUGACUUCACUAAUUAGCCACAAAUUAAAGCUUUACAUGGAGAAAUUGGGGACUUUUAAAAAUGAAGCACCUCAUGUGAGAAUUCAUUUCUAAGGUGAUACAGCUACCUAUUGCUACAAUUUUCAUUAAGCUGAUGGGGGGGGGGAGGGUAGCAUCCUUUUUAUCAUGAUUUAAAAAAUGCCCAUAAUUCUCGGAACCAUUAGGGGAUGUUUCCUCCUAUUUCAAACCAUCAACUUUGUGAAAAGUAAAUGACAUGAUUAGCUACUAUCUUUUAAUUAUCUUUAUUUAAAAUAUGGCCUUUUGGUCAUAGAUAACUUGCAGUGAAACAGAUAAGACCUCCAAAAUAUUGGUGAUGUAGGUAAUAACAGCAUGUCAGCACCUCUCAAGAGCUUAUCCAAAGAAAAGUGCUUCAUAGUAGCAGUUUGCUAAAUGCCCUAAAACAGGAAUGUGAGGAUUCAUAAACAAAAAACAAACAAAAAAACAAAAAACUACACUUAAACUUUGAGUGUUGGUGAACAUCCAGGAUUAUCAGAUCAGUUGGAUUCUCUCAUAGCACAUCCCGUAUUCCCCCAUGACAUUAGUCUUCAUUUAAUGUCAUUAUAAUGAUGGCCUUAAAAUGGUAAUUAUUUUAUUAUAAUAUGUUCUGAAUACUGUGAGCUAUUUUCCUCAUCUGUGUCCCCAGCAUCUUGAGUAUAGUGAGUGUUUAGUGAAUAUCUGAAUUGGGAAUUAGAUCAAUUUUUAAUAUUAAACAUAGGAAGUUCAGUUAUGUUCAAUCAUUUGUUUCCUUUAAGAGUUCAUAGGGAACAGAAAAACACAAAAACAGGAAUAUUGAAAGGGUGAUGAAGAAAAGAUAAAACUAAUGAUUAGAUAAAUACAUCUGAAGUAUAUAAUAUGGUUCGCAGUUCCAUUAAGGCGAGUGGAAUCCCAAUUUCUCUUUAUUGCUUAAUAUGAUUCUCAAACAGAAGUACUUGACUCAUUGCAAGGAAAGAUAGUUUCCUAUCACCAGUACUAGGAUUGGGAAAUCUUUUGUAAUAAUGUUUCUUUUUUUUUUUUACUUGUGAGUUCAUCACUAAAAUAAUUGUGUAAUAUCUAAAAUUUUACUUAAAGUAUUACAAAGCAUAAUUGAGUCAUGCAGAUAGUUAUUUUCAAUAGAUUAAAUUUUUAAUAAAAGCAACUCAACUUUACCUGUAGCCUAUUUUGUAUAUAAUUAUGUUUCUAUUUUGCAUUUCAUGCCAAAAGUUUUUCAAAUGGAUGAUGUUACAACAUGUCUACACCAUGCCAGUACUCUUCUGCUCCAGCUACAUACAAAUCCCCAUGAGGGAAGCUGGUAGAAAGGGAAUUCAUUCCCCUUUGUUUAAGGGUUUCUCAUAUAUCCAUUCAUUUUUGCUCAGUGAGAAAUGGGGACCUUUGUCAUGAGAAGUCGAUAUUGAUUGUAUAAGUUUAGGGUUUCCAGGUCAUGAUAGCCUUUGGCAAAUAUUGCUUAAAGCCCACUGAGUUAGGUUUUAAAUCAUCCAUCUGGCUACUAGCUGAGUCAUAGUAACCAAGAAAUUAAAAUGGGAAACUGACCAGAGCAGAAUCAAAAAUAUAUACAAUAUGUUUUCUAUGGCAUUUUCUUUCUGUAUUUAUUUGUAACCAAAGCUGGUUUUAUAAAGUUACUUUUUGUUCUUUGGUGUACAUUUCCAUGGGAAAUAAACCAGAAGGACCAGCCCUUUGUACCUGUGUGUGAGGUUGUACUAUAUUCAUGAAAUCCUGCCAGCUUGCCUGACCUGUUAUAGACGCUACCAAAAUUCAGAUUACUCUUAGUUAUAUGUCCUCUUCUCAAAGACAAUAAUAAUAAAGAUGAUGAUGAUGAUGGUGAUUUAUGAUGCUGACCUUGUCCUUUCAAUAGGAAGGGCCUUAAAUCCCAGAACUUCAAAGCAAUUUAAGAAAUUGACACAUGGAUAAUUACUAGCAUCAUUUAUGGGAGAAGAUACAAGAGGAAAAUCUGUAAUGCUAUAUGAACUAGUUUUAGAUAAGAAAAUAAAAAUUUAAGCCAUGUGGAUAAAAUCUGUUUUAUGCUCUUAUGUCUCCCACAAUGCUCAGCAGUGCCUUGUACAUAGUAGAUAUUCAAUAAAUAUUUGUUUAUUGACACAA